CUUGUGUUUGUCAUGUUGGAACUUGGAAUUGUUGAGAGUUUAAAAUGUGAAUUAAUCUUGUUUUUAGCCAUAAAUACAACAAAUUUUUAAUAAAUAUAUAUAUAAAAAUAAACACAUGUGGUCCCACAGGUCUCUUAGAUAGUGCCUAUUGCAGUGUUAAAGCUUAUUACAUAGUUAUUUUAGAUGUUAUAAGUGAGAAUGUCCCGGAACAGAUGCGACGGGCUACUAGCCCGAGUGGAUUUUCCACUGUAUACAUUACAAACGCUGACAAAUCGUCAUGUUUUGGUUGCUGGAGGUGGAGGAGCAUCAAACACUGGCGUCGCCAAUGGAUUUGAAAUAUUCGAAAUAUCUCAUAAUGGAACAAGGUUUGUCGCCGAAGAGGUGAUGCGGCACGAGACGGGUCCUAACGUGGUUAUGACGUGCUCUGUGAACAACAGCCAGAACCGUACGUACCUGACGGCAGGGCAGGAGAGCCACUGCCAGCUGUACAAGGUGAACAUCCGCAUGGUUGACCCGGCAGAGAUGCGUCGAGGCAGCUUCCGGGCUGAGAAUGGGCUUGUAAGGCGAAGAAGACGCACGGUUUCUGAGAAUGAUAAUAUUUCGAGGACAGACAGCAAUAGUAACACUACAGAGAAGAGGAUAUCAUUUGAGAUAAGGCCUAUGGAUAGUGUACAGACUGAUUUUGGCAAUGAUCCUCUCCAGCGAAUAGUGCGGAUCAGUCACAACGGACAGCUGAUGGCCACGGGCGGUAUGGACACCAAAGUGAGACUGUGGAGUUUCCCGCGCAUGGAGCUCCUGUUCGUACUGGAGGGACACAGUAAAGAGCUGGACGAUCUAGACUUCAGUCCAUGCGAUAAGCGGCUGGUUAGCAUCGGCAAAGACGGCCUGGCGAACGUUUGGUCCACGAGCGAGCUGCGUGAGCCGAUCUUGAAGAUCACGUGCCAACCGCCCAAUGGGAACAAGUAUCUGUUUAGGAGGUGUAGAUUCGCCCCAAUCGAGGACAAGAAGGGUGCCUGCCGCAUGUUCACGAUCGCGAACCCCCUCGCCCGCUCCGGCAAGCAGAAGGGGCUGCUGCAGCUGUGGGAGCCCGCGGACGGGGCGCUGCGGAGGACCGUGGUGGUGGCGGAGUCGCUGUCGGCGCUGGCCGUGAGGGACGACGGCCGCUUCGUGGGCGUCGGCACCAUGUUCACCGGCUCCGUGGAUGUUUAUAUCGCUUUCAGUUUGCAGCGGGUGCUCCACGUGGCCAACGCUCACAUGAUGUUCGUGACGGGGCUGGAGUUCCUCCCGGUGCGGGGCUACGGGCCGCCCGUGGCCGCCCGCGGCGAGGCCGCCCUGCUCUCCAUCUCCGUGGACAACUGUCUGUGUGUUCACAGCCUGCCGUAUGCCAGUACCAUUCCUGCCUGGAUAGCUGUAAUUCUCAUUAUCUUCGUUUUGUUCUGUACGUUCACACUAUGCUCUUAUUUAGGUAUUUAACAACACUAUUUAUUUUAAAUAGAAAUUAUUAUUUUAGUUAGUAAAAAUUUGCAUUGGGUGUUCAUUUCAAUGCUCUGAAGGAAUGGACUACUUAUAAAUAUAUAUAUAAAAGACAUAAAAGAUUCUUCUGCAGCGCAAGUUUUUUAUACAAGCUCACUUAAAGUGCCUUGCGGUUCCCGGCACCAAUAUAAAAAAGAAGUGGACCAUUCAUCUCUUUAGUUACGUCCUCCUUAGUCUCCUUCUUAGUAUAAGAUGACUAGAGUAUAAGCUUAUAAACUUGAGAUUCUUCUUUUAGGCGAUGGACUAGCAAUCCGUCACUAUUUGAUUCUUAAGCCUUCUCUCAUUAAGCCUAUGCAAGACUGUCGGCUCAGUCUGCCCCGCAAGUGAUAUAGACGUGAUUAUAUGAAUGAUGUGCUAUAAUUUUUCGCUUUAAAUUCUUAAAAGAUUUUGUUGGAUCUAGUCUUUUGGUUUCUAUAUUUUUUACUUACUACAUAUAAAAGUCUUUUAUAAACAUUGUAUGUAAUGGAUUUUUAUAAUGAGCAUGAUUCGUACUUGUCGUUGGUAUAAGCUUCACUACAUAUUUUUAUAAGGUAUUACUAUUUCUACUGUCUGUAUGUAACUUUGCGCUAAUCUCGGGAAGUUGUGGACGGAUUUUGUUCCUGUUUGGAAUGUAACAAAGAUGGUUUUUUGCCCCCCGUAUAACUUAUAGCGAUAAACUAUCGCUGUUUCGCUUUUUAUUAUGACGACGAAACGGGACAGUGAUAGUUUUACGCGCGAUAAAAUGGCGCGUGAGAUAUUAAGGGGGUUGAAGGUUUAUAAUGGUGUGGAGGGAAAGGUCGGAGUCCCAGAUCUAGAUGAACGUAUCUUGAUUAAAUUAAGGACGUCCUGGUAAAGGGUCAGGUCAAGAGUACCCGAAACCGCCGAGCUUGCAUGAAGAGAGUUAUGAAUGUGGAUGAAGCGAAGGAAGCAUGCAGAGAUCGUGGCAAGUGGAGAGAGGUAGUCUCUGCCCUUUCGGCCGCCAUGGCAACUAAACUUCGCAACCAGUUGAGAAAAAGACAUUUUCAUUCUUUGUCGGCAACCAGUUAUGAAUAAGGAUUUUUUUUUCUUUAUAAGCAACUAGUUGCCAACAAGGAAUUUCUCAAAAACACUAGUUGCAGUAUAAGAAUUUAAUUUCUUCUUACGCAACAAUGUAGUAAUGUCCUCAUCGAAUACAAACACUGAUCAAUAAGUACAUAGAUUUCGUACUAGCUGUAGCCCGUGACUUCGUGAACGCUCAAACCACUACCUACACCACGGAGGCGGUUAUUGUCCCUGUUAUAUUAAAACAAAUAUAUUUUAAUAGUGUUCAUUUAUUUAUAUUAACUGAGUGACUUAAACCGCUAAAACGAAAUUGCAAAAGGGCUAAUAAUCUCCAAACAGUGACCAACAGAUAUCUUUUUUUCUACUAAUUCACUCAACGCCUGGUCAAUCUCCUCGUCAAUUGCCUUAUACUCUUUAUUCUUUUUACUUUUAAUAUUUAAAUCAUAAGAUUUAUAUUCUGUUGACAGAAUAUCCAAUAAUUGUGGCAACGUUGGAUAUUUUCUUCCAAUAUAUCUAUUAAUUUUCGCAUGCCAUCCUUCAAGGCUAUUAUUAGUUCUUAUAUUUUCGUUACCACAAGAGCAAGACAUCAUCAUUUCAUUUUUCUUUAUCCAUUGUUUAUUAAAGUAUUUAUUAAAUUUUUGCAACCCGUCAGAUGGAUUUCUAGGGUUUUUGCUCAUAACAUAUUCAUAUCCUUUUUCUAUGUAUUGAACAGGAAGACGAGCUAAACCAACGCACCGUGCAACAUGCCUCUUUUCGGUUCUUAAUUUGACAUUUAAAGCUUUUGCUUUUUUCCAUAAGCAACGAUUAAAAUGAAAGUAGCAGCCUUUGAAUAUAAUUUUUGGAAAUACUUUUUUAAUUGCAUUUAUUGCUGCCACUUCGAAAUCAAGGGUUAUUUUUUGGGGGUUCCAACCGAUGCUUGUCUUGAUUAGGCUGAACAAAACUUUGUAUGUUUCUGUUUUUUUAUCCGGCAGCAGAGCAAAAAUUAAAGGAGCUACUGAAUUGUUAUUCUUAUUGUAUCCAUGUAUUGAAUAUAGUUGAUAAAAUCCUUUCGGACAACACUUAAAAGUGCCGUCAGCGUAAAAAUGAUGAUACUUAUUCAUCUCCUUUCUGUUUUCAUUAGAACAGAACACGAUGAUUCGUUUAUCGUCAUCCACGUAGUCAGCAACACAAAAAUUUUUAUAUUUAGUGGGUACAAUAAAAUCAUGACAAUUAUUAAAACGUGACUUUGCAACGCCCAAAACUUUGUUUCUUUCAUUAUAUAAUCCCGUCUUUAUGUUAUUAAACUGUGGUAUUUUAUUUAUAAAUUGAAAACCGUCGUUUUUGAGUCCUUUGACAACAUCCUCAUACUGUUUUUGAAUCGAUAUAAAAUUACAACUGCUCCUUUGCUUCAAGUCGUCCAUCUUUUUCAAAAUUAAAUUUUUUCCAAUAUCAGCUUCACAGUCUGCGUCAUGUUCCUUUGUUAUUUUAAUUAUUUCAUUUCGUGCAUUUAUGGUUAAAUUACCUCUGCAUCCAUUUUUAACAUAGCAUUUAUAAAAUGAGUCUCCAUUUUUAUAUAUUUUUUUACGAUGAUAACGGCGUCCUUCAUGUAAUAUUGAUACACCUCCUCUUCUUGUAGUUAUAUAUUCUACUGUAGAGGAAUUUGGAUAUAUGUUUGAAGUAGACAUCACAAUGAAAUAAAAUUCGUUUUUUUUCAAGCGAGGCUAGUUCGCGACAAAAUAUGUGUACUGACUUGACAGGGAAAAUUAAUGACAUAUUAUUUAAUUGACAUAUAUCAAUUAAAAGGAAAAAUAAUCCUGGCCAGUAAUUCUAGAAAUAGGAUUUAAUAUAAGUACGGAUUGACCGCAAAGAUUGUCAACCCAUUACUUCCCAUUAUUUUUGACGCAACUUGUUGUCAAGAAAGAAUUUUAAAUCAUUUUUCACAACUGGUUGAGAAACUCAGUUGCCAUGGUCGAUAAAAAUUUUCUUGGUUGGCAACUAGUUGCUUACAAAGAAAAAAAAAUCCUUAUUCGUAACUAGUUGCCGAUAAGGAAUUGAAAUGUCUUUUUCUCAACCGGUUGCGAAGUUUGGUUGCCAUGACGGCCGAAAGGGUCUCUGCCUACCCCUCCGGGAAAGAGGCGUGAUUUUAUGUAUGUAUGUAAGGUUUAUAAUGGCUACCCGUGCGAAGCCAGGGCGUGUCGCUAGUUUUAUUUAUUUAUUAAUUUUCUUUCAUAUUUAUUGAGAGAACACCCAGUGUAUUUAUUGGUAAUAACUAAAAUAAUAAUGUUGCAAUUAUCACUUUUGCUCGGGUUUUGCGCCUUAAAAUAAAAUUCGGCACUGUGAAAUUUAUGUUAAAUAAAAAAAUGGCGUGAUUAUAUCAAUAAUUUAUGAUUUAAGUCGUUUUCAGUGUAAGUACCUCGGGUUAUGUUUAGGGUAAAUUAUGAAUAUAGUUAAUUAUGCUCGUAUACAUAUUGUAUGUAUAAAUUAUAGGAUCAAUUGAAUUAAAUGAAGUGCAAUGUU